AUGGACCUGCGGCUCCUGCAACGAGCGAAUUCAACACUGGCAGUGGUACUGUGCUUGCGGUGGUGCUUUCGCGGACAAGCGCACGAGGUCACACAGUCAGCCUCGGCGGCCGCGCUCAGCCAGCAAGUCGCACAAGGACGCCUCCUCUCGCCAGCCGUCGAGCGCUACCUCUCGAGGCUGGUCCCCGCCACGCAGCAGUUCGCGGAGGCGCACCCCAGCUGGGGCGAGUGGCAGGCCCCGACGGACUCGCGCCACCUGCAGGCGUUCAAGGACAGGCUCAGCGCUCGUAUGACGACGCUGGCCAAGGCGGCGGUGGCAGCGCUGCGGGCCCGCAAAGGCGACGAGGACUUCAAGGAGGAGCUCGGCAUGCUCCGCUAUUGCCAGGCGAAGGACCGCCUGCACAAUACCUAUGCCAGGAUCAAUGUGCUCGAGGCUCAGGCCGAAGAAGGCCGCGAGGAGGUGGAGGACUUGAAUCAGAGCUUGAUCGACAUCGACAACAAGAUCAAGGCCGAGAUCGCGGAGAUCAUCCAGCAGCCUCCGAGUACCAUGGCAGUGGAAUCAGGUACAGCUCAGGGCACAGCACCUCCGAGCCCAGGGCUGCCAGCCGAGGCGGUUUCGUUCCGAGAGCAGCGCGAUGCAGCACUUCAGCAGCGCGACCUCAUCUACCAGCACAAUCAACAGAUGGCGGCGCAGAUGAGGUUGAUGCAUCAGUACAUGCUGAACCACUGUGCGACGGCAGCUCCACCACCAGCAGGCCCCUUCCCAACGCUUCAGGCGGCCGAGCCAGUGUCGGCGCCAGCGGCGGGAGUUCCAGCAGCAGGGAGUACAGCAUCGGCGCCGGCUUCCCUCACAGAUGCUCAGCUCCAGGCGGCCAUCAUCGAGAUGUACCAG